UCCUCAGCCAAUGGCGUCUUCCCCGCGCUCCGCACCAAUAGCAGGCGGCGUUGUGGUUGCCCCGCGGAAGUUAAGCGAGGCGGGCGCGUUGCUAUAACCGAGAAGAGGGGUGAGGGCAGCCGGGUCAUGUGCGCAGCCCCCAGCCGAGCGGGCAGGGAGCGCUACGUGCGGGUUUUUGAAGCAUGUGAUGAAGAUAAAAAAGGAUAUUUAAGCAGAGAGGACUUCAAGGUCGCUGUAGUGAUGCUAUUUGGUUACAAACCCUCAAAGGAGCUGGACGCCAUCCUCAGCAGUGACCCCACCACUAAGAGCCCCGUGGAUACUUUGGGGAUGGGGUGGCAGGAGGAUGGAGACAGUGGCCAGUGGAGUUGGAGAAUGACAGAUGACAGUCAUCCAGUAGUGUGCCAGUCCAGAACCUCUUCUCUACUCCAGAGGGUUCAUGCCAGUCCCAGCACUUUGGCUUUGGCAUGUGUGAUGCAGGAGAGGGGAGAUCUGGUGGAGGUGGAUUCAGUAAUGGCCUUGGUGCAACAAAAAAAUUCAGGUGUAUUACUUGAAGAAUUUUUAAAACUUAUGAGUACAAAGAAGGCUGCACAACUACACCAUAGUGAAAUAAGGCAGAUAUUCACAGCUUUUGACAUGCAGUAUAGAGGAUUUUUGACUUUGGAAGAUUUCAAAAGAGCCUUCAAUUCCAUUGCUCCAAAGUUACCUGAAAGGAUCAUAGUUGAAGCUUUCAGGGAAGUCGAUCAGGAUUCUGAUGGUCAUGUCAGCUUCAAAGAAUUUGAAUCUGCAAUGAACUACGGACAAAAUGAAGUAUCACAACUGCACUUUGCCUAAAGUGUAUUCUCUGGUGAAAAGAUAAGAUAUUUAAAAAUCAAUGAAACUUCAAUAGUUUCAGCUAGCACUCUUACUAUAAAUGCAGCUCUGAAGAACUGCUUUUGAAGCUCUACAGUUGUGAGUUAGGGUGUAUUCAUUUACGUGUGUGUGUGUGUGUGUGUGUGUGUGUGUGUGUGUGUGUGUGUGUGUGUGUGUGUGUGUGUGUGUGUGUGUAAUACUGAAAAUAUUUGAAAUCUAAGUUGAUCCACAAUUUAUGCUUUGUGGGAACUUCAAUUAUGUACUUUUUCUGUUUGGCUAAAUAGAUGAAAAGAGAGGGACUGGUUUCAAGGUACUUAGUAUUUUAUUAAUUGACUUUUUCAGCAGUAUUUCACUAACGAGCCAAAAUGUCUGAGAUACCUUUAUAGAGAGGCUACCUGGAACUGAAUAGAUUAAACCUUAUGCGGAUGAUAGAAUUUUUUUUUAAACCAUCAGUACAUUCAUUUUCCAUAUAAACACCUUGUCCUUUUUCUUAUACUAUCACACAUUGUUUCAAUUGCAAUAUCAUUUAUUGAUUGGACAACUCUGUGAUUUAAUUCCAAAGCAUUGCACUGUUAAAAAAAAUUAAGAAUUGGAUAAUAUGAAGUGUUUAUUAAUAAUAAUAAUAAUAAUAAAA